AUGUCGGGUGCUAGCAAAACUCCCUUGAAUUCAAAACAUGAAAAAGAACAUAAAAUUCGAUCGUUUUUCACCCAUUUACACCGACGUUUUUCAAGUUUUGCUGAACCGGGACAAAAUGCUCACAAACUCGAUUUCUCAUCAGUUGAUCUGACCAAAUCAAAUGACACAUCUCAAUUUACGUUGACAGAUACUCUUACUUCACAAAGUGUCUCAAGUGUGACAAAUGCACACAAUGAAGACAUCUGUUUAUUUCGGGAUAGUCCAUACUACAUCGUCAGGAUUGCUGGUACGGGUAACGAAGAGGAGUUUGAUCGGUUAGUUCAUGAUGAUCCUGGAAAACUGAGGAUCAGUAACGCCUCUGGGUGUUAUGCUAUACACAAUGCGGCAGCAAGAAAUAAAGUGGCAAUAUUAACAAUUAUUGCACAAUAUAAAGGAGAUAUAAAUCUGCCAGAUAAAAAUAGCUGGACGCCGCUUCAUCAUGCUGUUAUACACAGCAGUCUACUUGCAAUAGAGUGGCUACUAGAUAAUGGUGCUGAUAGUACAAAGAAAACGAUACAAAAUGAAGCGCCCAUACAUUUCGCCGUUAUACACAAUCAACUGGCUUCUCUAAAGAUUCUACUUUCAAAACGUCCAGAUGAUGUAAAUAUUGAUGGAGAUAGAGAUGCAACACCAUUGCAUUAUGCUGCAUUACAUGACAAUUUAGAAGCGGCUAGAAUUCUGGACGAUCUCUCAACUCCAGCUCAUUUGGCAUGUGCACAAGGUUCACUAGAGUUAUUGAAAUUAAUGUUGGAUUGCCAACCGGAAUUAAAAGAAAAAGUGAUUCAUAUGAGCGAUGUACAAGGCAUGACUUGUUUACAUAGAGCAGCCAUGUUUGAUCAUGUUGAUAUCAUGGCAUAUCUAUUAGAAAUGAAUGCCAAUAUCAAUGCAAGAGACAAUCAACGACGAACUCCAUUGCUGUUAGCUGCACUAGAAAACUCCUUGACGGCCGUAUGUUUCUUACUAUCAAAAAAUGCGUCAAUUAUUGCUCGAGAUGUAUGCGAUCGAAAUUUAUUACACUUUAUCAUUAUCCAAGGACUCAAUUUUGAAGCAAUUGAACAUGAGUUAUUCAGUAGAAGAGGCUAUCAUGCUCUAUUUGAUCAACGAGAUGUCGACGGUUUCUAUCCGAUUCACUAUGCAAGUCGAGAUGGUCAAGUUACAAUGUUAAGAAUAUUAAUAAAAUAUGGAUCAAAUACUAUUAUUUACAAGAAAACACAUAAACGUCAAUCAUCUCUUCAUUUUGCAGCACAAUACGGAAGAUAUAAUACUUGUAAACAAUUACUUGAUAUACCAGGUUUCGAACGUAUACUCAACGAACAGGAACAAACGGGUUUAACGCCGUUGCAUUUAAGCUGCCAAAAUGGUCAUACCAGAGUUGUCCAAUUGUUAUUGCAUAAAGGUGCAAUGCUUUCGAGAAGUUAUGAUGGUAAUAAUCCACUUCACGAGGCUGCAGCAAAUGGUCAUGUGAAUACAGUAAAACUUAUUUUACAAUCGCAUAGUCAUUUGAAAAAUAUUAAAAAUUAUUUGGGAAUGACAUUAUUACAUUGUGCUGCCUGUAACGGUCAUGUUGACACCGUUGUAUUAUUAUUGUCUAACAAUUGUGACUUUGUAACAAAUAACAAUAACGAGACUUUUUUUGACAUGGCUAUCCAGAAAAAACAACGAGAGGUCUGCUUAGCCAUUAUUGCACAUGAGAGAUGGCAAGAAGCAUUGAAUUUAUCUUCAUCAAUAUAUCGUACACCGUUACUUGGUCUUAUCGAAAAUCUUCCUGAAUGCGUUCAAAUGAUGGUUAAAUUUGGACAAACAGACAAUCUUAGUCAUCCAUUAUGUGAAAUGCUGUUACGUUACAAAUGGUUAUCUUAUGGUUUUCCAUUACAUGUCAUUCAAUUAUGUUUUUAUUUAUUGUUUACCGUUACACUAUCCUAUUUUAGUAUUACAUUCAACUCGUGCAAUCAUUUAGAUCCAUUUUCAUUGACAAAUACAAAAAAUAUUUCUUAUUGUCCAAAUCCAUUGUUCACAUCGUUUAACGAAACAGUUUCAAUGCAUUACCAAUGGGAAGCUGGAGCAUGCUCCGUUUUUUCCGCAUGGUUUACAUUAUUAUUUUUAAUAGGAAGAUUUGAUAUGUAUGGUAUUUAUGUAAUAAUGUUUCUUGAAAUAAUGAAAACAUUGCUACAUGUAUUAGUUUUAUUUUCAAUUUUAAUUAUUGGCUUUGUAUUGACAUUUUGUGUAUUGAGACAAUUUUCUCCCAUUCUUGAUCCAUCAAAAUCAAAACAUUUGUUAAUAAUCAUUAUUAAAUCUAUAACAAUGAUGCUUGGUGGACUCGACUAUGAUCGUCAAUAUGUUGAACCAAUGUUAACUAACAAUGAUAAUCAACAUUUUCCAACCAUCACAUUAAUUUUUCUUGUAUUAUUCACUAUUUUAAUGCCAAUUUUACUGAUGAAUCUAUUAGUUGGUCUGGCAAUAGGAGAUUUAAUGGAAAUCAAACAAAAUGCAAGAUUAAAACGUUUAGCAAUGCAGGUUCAAUUACACACAUAUCUAGAAAAGAAAUUUCCGAAAAAGAUGCUAAACCGUUUAGUGAAAAAUGAAUAUGUUAUUUAUAUUAAUAAACAAAUGUCCUACAACAUAUUGUCACGAACAAGGAGACAGUGGAUAAGUAAACCGUUUGGAACAAAAAAGUCUCUAGAAAAUAGCGAUAAAUUAUAUCAAAAUAAUGGAUUAUUUAUUAUUCUAUAUGAACAAAAACUAAAACAAAAAUAUAUGCAACGUCAAUUACAAAAAUUAAUGAAUUUAGUUAGAUUAAUAGUGCUGAAGAUGAACAUACAUUCAAAGGCUGAUAUUGAUGAUGUACAUAAUACGGGACCGAUUAGCCUGGAAAAACUUCAACAAAUAAUUCUUACUGUUAAAAAGUUUUCUUAUUUAUCUAAGAAAAAUUGA